AUGGAUAAUGGUCCCAAUUCCAAUACAAUGUCCCAGUCUUCUACUGCUGAUAAAGCUCAAGUUAUGGUUUCCGUUGCUUCCCCUACUGAUCUGAAUCCUGCUGGGGCUACCAGAUUGGAAGAUGUCAUUCCACAACUUGAUAAGCCGUGGUAUCGCUACGGAUGGUUGCUACAGUUGAACAUAUUCCUUUUGGGUGGUAUUUUGGCUCAAGUUACUUCGGGAUACGACGGUUCGAUGAUGAACUCGUUGCAAUCAUUACCUAGUUGGCAAGAGUAUUUCAACCAUCCUACUGGUUCCAAGUUGUCUACUAUGAGUAAUGGUAUUGCAAUUGGUACAUUGGUAUCGAUUCCAUUCACGUGGUGGUUGUGUGAUUUCUUUGGAAGAAGAAUUACUAUAAUAAUGGGUUGUACUGUGGUCAUCAUAGGCGCCAUUAUCCAGGGUGUAGCGAAGAAUUUUGGAAUGUUCACCGGAGCCAGAAUUUUAUUAGGGGUUGGUUCAUGUUUAGCUUCCGCUGCGGCGUCGCCAUUAUUAGCAGAAACAGCUUACCCUAAACAUCGUCCAGCAGUCACAGCAUUAUUGCUCGCAUCUUGGCCAUUAGGUUCUUUCACGGCUGCCUUGGUCACCUGGGGCCCAUACCAUUCUUCCAUGAAAACGAACAAUUGGUCGUGGAGAAUCCCCAGUUUGAUCCAGUGCUUCUACCCAGCUAUUCAAUUGGUUAUUUCUAUCUUUGGACCCGAAUCUCCAAGGUGGUUGAUUAACAAAGGACGGGAAGAAGAAGCCCGCAAGUUUUUUGUCAAGUACCAUGCUGGUGGAGACGAAGCGUCAGCCUUGGUUGCAUUUGAGCUAGCAGAGAUCAAGGCGAUCAUUGAAAAGGAAAAAGUUCAAAUUCUGAGCAAUUUCACCCAAUGGUUCAGAUCCAAACAACGUCUUAGAAGAUUUUUCAUUGUCUGUGCCGUUCCCAUGAUGGCCCAAUUGUGUGGAAAUGCUCUUAUUUCUUAUUACUUGUCCAUUGUGUUGAGAAACAUCGGCAUUACCGACGCUAACGACCAGCUCAAAAUCAACAUUGGUAUGACAGUUUAUGGUCUUGUUUGGGCAGUUGUUGUCGGGAUAAAUGUUGACAGGUUCCCAAGAAAAACCAUGUUCAUUGGAGGCUACAUCUUGAUGUGCAUAACCUAUGUCAUUUGGACAAUUCUUUCAGCCAUCAACCAGCAACAAGACUUUAAGAACAAAGGUUUGGGCAAAGGUGUGGUUGCAAUGAUCUACCUAUUUUCAGGAUUCUACCACAUUGCCUCACCUGUCUCCUCCACUUAUGUGAUGGAAGUUUGUCCCUAUCACUUGAGAGCCCAAGGCUCAACAAUAUACCAACUUGCUGGUAAUGUCAUUGGCUUCUUCAACAAUUACGUGAACAACAUUGCCAUGGAGGCAAUAAAGUGGAAAUACUAUAUUGUGUGGUGUGUUUGGUUGGUGGUCCAGAUGGGUAUAGUCUACUUUAUUUUCCCUGAAACCAGAGGAUUGGGUUUGGAGGAAGUUGCCCAGGUGUUUGGUGAGGAUAUUUCCGACGGCUAUGCAGCUGGCGAGAAUGCUCUUCAUUAUGGCAUCGACGACACAAUUCCCAAGCCAAGUGUGUCUCACGACAGCAAGAGAGUUUAA